AUGGCGCCUGCAGGAGACCUCUACGACGUGGACACCGGCAACGACGAGGACGACCAAGGAGCCAUCAUGCCGGCUAGCCAUGGCAACCCUGGUGCGCUCCUGCACUCGCUGACGUUGUCCAUGGGCUCUGGCUCCCUGUCCACCUGCGUCAGCAUGCAGCAGGCGCCCGCACACGCCCAUUCCUACGACGCUGCCGGCGGCGAGUACAUAGGACAAAAACAGGAGGAUGCACACAACUUCGGUGCAUUGACUGGCAAGGGAAGUCCUUUGUUCAGUGAGGGGCAUCAAGUUGAAGUGAGUCAUUUUGCAAGAAACUUUAGUGGAUCCUGGAAUCCAGCUACUGUUCUUAAAGUGAUUGGUGCUACACAUUUUCUAGUACAGUACAUGCAUAUUGGAAAGGAUGAUGAACCGGCCACUGAGAUUCUAGAUUCACAAUAUAUUCGGCCAUCACGCGACAUCACCAAUAUGGAUUCUAGGUACAGAUUUUCUCCUGCAUCUCAUGUUGAGGUCCUUCAUGAAGGUGGCUGGUGGCCUGCUAUUAUUGUGAAGGUUUUAGGUUCUGAAAUCAACAAGUAUGUAGUGAACUUGAAGAAUCCCAAGACAGACAUGGAUGACGUGGAACCUGUGGAUGUUCUGACGGUGGAAAGUACGCAGCUACGGCCACGGUUUGACUGGGACGGUAAAAACUGGCCUUCGCUCCAAAAUUAUGUCCAUGAGAUGCAUCCAUUCCAGAAACCUUCUAAUGGUCCUCAAUUAACUUCUCGAAAAAGAGCAAUUCCCGCCUUCUAUGAUGACUUGGAUAAAGUCAGUAAUAAACCUGGUUCUCGUCAUGACAAAAAGUUGAAGGAUGAAGAUGUGACAUCAGAACAAAUUUCUCCUGUUUUGUCCAUUCGUAAUGAAAACAAUGAAAUUAUUCAUAAGCAAGGAACAGCAUUGGCAUUGAGGUCUGGGUUGUCCCUUCCUUCACUUCCACAAGUGGCGGCAUUUGGCUCUCUGAGUUCAUCUACACUUGCUCCAAGCUGUCAUCUUGAACAAUCAUCUUCUGAGAUGAUUAUUGUACCCUCUAUGGCACAAAGUCGACAGAUUCAGGCAUCUCUAUUUGGAGGUUUUGGUGAACCAAGACCUGUCCCACAGGGCCCACUAUUAGGAACGCGGUCACUUGGCUCAGAUUUUCGCAUCAUUGAAGGGUCAAAAAAUGCAUUAAGUGGUCAGGGUAACCAAUCAACUGUUGGAACUGGGACUGAACUGUCCAGGCAAAUGGAGAAAUGUGUUUCUUCUCAAACAACAGUGGCUCUAGGGGAGAACCCUGAAACUAUACAGCCAAUGAAAGGGAUAGCUGCUCCUGCUAAAGCUACUGAGGAAGACAUGUCUGAACUGCCUAAUGAUUUGACUGCUGGGUGUGAAACACUUCCAGAAAUGGAUGAGCUGAGUUGUAUUGACCCGACAUCACGAAAGGACAUCGGAGGUUCACAAGCAGGUGGAAGAGAUGAUCUUGAGCAAGGGGGCUACACAGGUGAAGCACAUGAUUCUUGCUGUCCCUUGUCGGAAUCAGCAGCUGUGCAUGAGAGUAUCAUGGACACGAAUGGCCGGAUUUCAGAACCCUUGGCAAGCCAGCAUCUUCCAUUUGUGAAGACCUCCCCAAUGUGGGCACACCUUGAGGGACUGGAAAUAUUCAGGAAAGCACCACAGCGACCAAAUUUCCAUCAGUUCGAGCAGCAUGGUCAAGAGGUCUGUGAAGGACUGGCAUUAGGUUUGAUGUUCUCUUUUGCUAUUUUAGCAGAGAGCAUAAACAGUCUGAAUGCUCUGGACGAUAGUAGACUACUCGAGCAGAAGAUGACGGGCCUUGCUUUGCUUGAGGCAGAUGGUUUUGAUGUCAAGGACCUGAGAGCACGCGUGGAAACAAUGCUCCAUGCAAAUAAUAGUUGCGCUGAACUACAGGAUUCCAUCAGAAAGCUGGAGGAGAAGAUUGCUCACAAAGAAACCAAGGACCGAGAACUUGGCACGCAAGUUCGGUCGCUGGCUAUGGCUGUCCAUCAUCACGAUCUACAUGCCUAUCUGAUGCGCAUCGUCAUGCGGUCUGCCAUCACGCAGAAGAUGAACAAUGCUAUGGAGAUCUCAAGGCUCAAGACAGAAGCGAACAAGCUUAAGAGAUCGUGUCUAUCCAACACCAUCGUCGUGCCACGGUGAGUUUGGAGGUGAGCAAGUCAGCACGUUCUUGAAUAGGUAGUUAUCAGUGGUAAGUGGUGGAGAGCCCCCUGCUAGAUGUUUUGUAGAUAGUUCGUAAUGCUAUCCUAGAGUUUGCCGUGCCGGCGAGUCUUUUGUGUAUGGGCUGUAUAUGUGGUUACUCUCGUAUGUUGCAGUCCUCUGUAAAAUACAUGUUGUGUAGAUAGUCCGCAAUGCUAUCCUGGAGUUCGCCGUACUGGGGUGAGUCUUUUGU